GUGUUUUCGAGCAAAGAUUCGACAUCCCACCUCUGAUUUGAUAGGCGCCUGCGCAUUGCUUCGGCACACACUUCCUGGCUCGAGUCUCUCCAACAAUAACAACAAUCACAAUGUCCGACGUCAAGCCUACGCUCACCAAAUGUGUCGGGCCUGUCUAUCGCGCCGAGAGCCAAAAGCCCACGGCGGUAGUCUCAACCGAUGUAGAGUUUGACACCGUCACCAUCCUCCCGCAGACGCCCCAACUGAUUGCGCUGCUCUCAAUUAUCCGCAACAAGGACACCCAGCGCGGGGACUUCAUCUUUUAUUCCAACAGGAUCAUCCGGCUCCUCGUAGAAGAGGGCCUCAACCACCUCCCUACAGUUGAGCACACCGUCACGACGCCGGUCGGCCGCCCCUAUGAUGGGCUCUCCUUCCAGGGCAAGAUCUGUGGCGUGUCCAUCAUGCGCGCGGGGGAAGCGAUGGAGCAGGGCUUGCGGGAGUGCUGCCGGUCUGUGAGGAUCGGCAAGAUCUUGAUCCAGAGGGAUGAGGAGUCGGCCCGGCCCAAGCUCUUCUACGAUAAGCUCCCGGAGGACAUUGCCGAUAGAUGGGUUCUCUUGCUCGACCCCAUGCUUGCGACAGGCGGCUCUGCCAUCAUGGCCGUCGAUGUUCUCAAGUCGCGAGGUGUCCCCGAGGACCGCAUCCUGUUCCUCAACGUUCUCGCAAGCCCCCAGGGUAUCCAGAACUUUGCCACCAAGUUCCCCAAGCUUCGGCUGGUCACAGCAUUUGUUGACCAGGGACUCGACGAGAAGAACUACAUUAUACCCGGCCUUGGUGACUUUGGCGACAGGUACUAUACCAUGUGAAUCACCCUUUUUAGCGCACCACGUAGCGUCAACACAAGAAACAUCGUAGUAUUACAGAUCCUGGUCGAUAAUGCAACCUCCCACCG